AUGGCCCGCGGGGAGCGCCUGCCCGGCCUGCAGGCCUUUGCGCGCGGCUCGUCCCUGCACGGGCUGAGCCACCUCGUGGCGCACGGCUCGCGCUCCUUUCGCCGCCUGCUGUGGGCGCUCGCCUUCGCGGGCUCCUUGGCGCUGCUGGGGCUGGUGUGCGCCGAGCGCGUCGCCUACUUCCUCAGCUACCCGCAUGUCACCAAACUGGACGAGGUGGCCGCGCACAACCUCACCUUCCCCGCCGUCACCCUGUGCAACCUCAACGAGUUCCGCUUCUCCAAGAUCACGCGCAACGACCUCUACCACGUGGGCGACCUGCUGGCCCUGCUCGACGCGCGGCACGAGGUGGCCCAGCUGGGCGACCCCGAGAUCCUGGCGGCCCUGCGGGACAGGGCCAACUUCAGGGGCUUCAAGGCGCGCCCCUUCGACAUGGCCGACUUCUACAACCGCACCGGGCACGACCUGGCCGAGAUGCUCUGGCAGUGCACCUUCCGAGGCUCCAACUGCAGCGCCAGCAACUUCACCGUGAUCUUCACCCGGUUGGGAAAGUGCUACACCUUCAACUCGGGGGCUCCCGGCCACGAACUCCUCACGACGGCCAAGGGCGGAACAGGCAAUGGUCUGGAACUGAUGCUGAAUAUCCAGCAGGAUGAGUACCUGCCUGUCUGGGGAGAAACGGAUGAGACCUCCUACGAAGCGGGGGUGAAGGUGCAGAUCCACAGUCAGAACGAGCCCCCUUCCAUCGACCAACUGGGCUUUGGCGUGGCUCCCGGCUUCCAGACCUUCGUCUCAUGCCAGCAGCAAAGGCUCUUCUACCUCCCCCCACCGUGGGGUGACUGCAAAUCGAACCCUGUGGAGUCGACCUUCUUUGCCAACUACAGCAUGGCCGCCUGCCGCAUUGACUGCGAGACACGCUACCUGGCCGAGAACUGCAAUUGCCGCAUGGUGCACAUGCCAGGUAAUGCCAACCUCUGCACCCCAGAGCAGUACAAGGAGUGUGCCGACCCGGCCCUGGACUUCCUGGUGGAGAAGGACAACGAGUUCUGCUCCUGCCAGACCCCCUGCGAGACGGUGCGCUAUGGCAAGGAGCUCUCUGUGGUCAAGAUCCCCAGCAAGGCCUCCGCCAAGUACUUGGCCAAGAAGUACAACCGCAGCGAGCAGUACAUCGCGGAGAAUCUUCUGGUGCUGGACAUCUUCUUCGAAGCGCUGAACUACGAGACCAUCGAGCAGAAGAAGGCCUACGAAGUGGCUGGGCUGCUGGGGGACAUUGGGGGCCAGAUGGGCCUCUUCAUCGGCGCCAGCCUCCUCACCAUCCUGGAGAUCUUCGACUACCUGUAUGAGGUCUUGCGGGACAAACUUCUCAGCUAUUACCAAGCGAGGAAGCAGGCAGAUCGCAGCAACAGCGACAACCUGAGCACCUGCCACACGCUGUGCAGUCACUCGGACAGUAUUGGAUACGCCCCGAACAUGCUACCUCGUCACCCGACUCUAGGCAACUUUGAGGAAUUCGCCUGCUGAAGAAACCUGCGCCCGCUUCUCUCUCCUCCGCUCCCAGCGAAAUGGACCAGGCACCUCCUCCUGCAGGACCCAGUGCAGUGUGGGGAGUGGGGGGGGCAUGGCAUUUUCCAGUGGGGGGGCACCCCACAACAACGCACACGCCUUUUCCUCUUCCUCCCUUUCUGCACAGAGGAGACCAAGCGGACGGCAGCCAGAGGGAAGGGAACCUGCUCUUCCCCCCCCAAUGUCCCCCCACCCCAAAUGGAAGGGCUUGAUCCAGGCGGGUGGGGGUGGUCAGGUGGGGUGGGGUGGCUC